AUGAUCAUCGAUUCAAACUCAUUUGCACUUUACGAUAUCUUCAUCUUCCUUUUAUCCUCCGUAACUUUUUACCUAUCAUACCUUGUACUCCGCUAUUACUACAUCUAUUUUACUCGUCCUAAUCCACUCCCAGGACCAUUUCCUCUCCCCCUGGUUGGUUGCCUUUUUCUUGAUGGGUUUAAUUUUUACCGGUAUUCCAUUGAACAACACAAAAAACAUGGUGAUAUUUUCGAGGUUUGGUAUGGCGACAUAAGAAUCAUCAUCUUGUCCGACAUAAAUUUCACCGAGCCGAUGACGACACAAUCUUUUAAUAAGAGUAACUACAAGGUUAGAUUUCCGCCGGUUGAGGGACUCAAGGAACUUGGCAUCUUUGGAAAAGGGAUCCUCAUAAAUCAUGAUGUAAAAAGUUGGAAGUUUAACCGGAGCAUAUUCGCGCAAGCUCUUUUGGUGCCAAAGUUCUUGAAACAAGUUGUGGACCUAACUAAACUUCACUUUCAGGAGUUGGAUGAAUAUUGGAAAUCCUUUGAUGGGAAUGAUGGUGUGAUUCAACUAGUUGAUUGGGUUCAUCGAUUCAAUACUGAUUUCAUCUUUCACAUCACUACUGGAAAAAGGUAUUAUUCUUUGGCGUCCUAUUAUUCUUCCAUCUUUUCUUCUACGAACAUUGCUCACGAAAAAUCUCCGGAAAACCAAAAAUAUUUACUAAAUGUUUCGCCCGAGUUCAUUGAGGAAUCGGAAAAGUUGUUAUCCUGCAUUAAUUCGUAUUUGGUUGCCGUUAAUUUUUUCUGUCUUUUUCCGAAAUUUCUACGUGCGAUUCCAUUCCUAAGAAACAAGCAAAAGAAGAUGAUUAAAAAGAAGGAAUGGUUAUUUGAAAAAUUGACCGAGUUCAUUAAAAAAAGAAGAAAGGAGAUUGAAGAAAUCCCGGAUGGUGAAGAAUUAAAUUACGACAUGUUAACUAUGAUGAUUACCGCGAACACAAAGAGGGACAUUUAUGUGGUAAAGAAGAAUAUGGAGAAAAAAUUAGAAAAUGAGCAAAGGCCCUUGAGCGAUGAAGAGAUUGUCGUCAAUUUGACCGAAGCUUUUGUCGGUGGGAUUGAAACGACUGCAAAUACAAUUUGUUUUAUUGUGUAUCACCUGUCACGUCAUCCUGAAGUACGAAGACGCUUACUCGAAGAACUUGACACGGUCUUUGGUGCAAAUAUGACAAACUUUUCCUUGACCUAUGAAGACAUCCAAAAGCUUGUUUAUUGCGAGGCCGUCAUAAAGGAGACGGCAAGGAUUGAUACCGUAGCACCAUUUCUUGAUCGGCAAAGCACGAACGCUGAUGUGAUAGCAAACCGCUCUUGGGGUCCAAAAACUCAAUUCUCAAUGUCAAUCGGUCGUAUACACAAGAAACCCGAAUAUUGGGAAAAUCCGGAUCAAUUUAAUCCCGAUAGAUUUUUGCCAGAAAAUGUGGGAGCUAUAAAUAAAAACACCUUCUUACAAUUCGGAACGGGUUUAAGAUAUUGUCCAGGUCAAAAGGUCGCCAUGACAGAGAUGAAGUGUUUAAUCGCGUUGUUGUAUAAGAAUUAUGACAUUGAACUAGUUGACGCAAACGCUCCUUUGAAAGUUUCAUAUACCCUUAUACAAAAAUGUUUAGAUUUGAAGAUUAAGGUUAAGCGCAGAAAUGAGUGA